AUGGUUGGUCUAUUGUUCGUCAUUUUCCUCAGGCUGAGUAGUUGUGCGGCUAAUAUUGAAAACACUGGUGAAACGCUACUAGACACCUGUGGAUCAUGCGAUGAAUCAAAGUGUCCACCUAUUACAAUGUGCCCCGUUGGAGAGGUAAAGGACUAUUGUGGCUGUUGCUUGGUCUGUGGUCUGGAGCAAGGCCAUCGAUGCAACACAAGACAGGAGUUGCAUGACAUGUUCGUUGGCAGAAGACGUCACGGCUACUACGGCGCCUGCGGCAAAAACCUUGAGUGCCAGCCUCGAACUGAUGUUGAUGAGGACUCGUUGGGUGAGGAGAACAUUUGCGUAUGUACCAAACCUGGUCGGUUUUGUGCUAGCAACGGGGAAACCUACUCGGCUUGCGAGUUGGAGGCCGUACAAGCAAAGUCGUUUGGUGAAGUGUUCCUCAUCUCCUACGACGAUUGCAAAUCAGAACCGAGGAUUGUAGCUGCAUCUGAGUCACAGCGAGUUCCCGGAGGAAACAAGACAACUUUUUGGUGUGAAAUCAAGGGCUAUCCCCUCCCAACGGUUACGUGGUAUUACUUCGCGCCUGGCGGCUCUUACGAGGCCAUUCUUCUCCCAGGGGAUUCCGAUGAGAUGAGUGUGAGCCUUCGUGGCGCACCACCGGGUCGUCGCAUAAUCUCUCACCUGCAGAUCCGCAGAUUCGACAUCAAAUACGAGGGUAUCUAUCAGUGUUACGUAGAGAACGAUCUUGGAAGUGACCGUCACAACAUUACUGCAAUCUACGCUCCACCGGAGGCUCGACCUCGGGAUCUCUAG